AUGUCUGUUCCAAAGAAAAAGACUAAAUCGGCGUUUAUCGCUGACGAAAAUCUCUGCCAAAAUCUUCCUGAUACAGAUUUAUCUUGCACAACCUCAUGCUCUUCGGAUUCAGAGUCCCACACCAGUCAUAAAUCCUACAAAAGAAUAAAGAAAACCACUUCGGGAGAAAAUUUAUCCCGAGUCUUUUUAAGUUCGGCACCUUCAAGAUACGCGAGAAUCACUUCGCGAAAAUCGGACCCUGCUAAAGUAGAACCUUCUGCAAAAAAUCUGCCUGCAACUGAUCAUGUCACAACUUUUGAAUCACUAGGAGUGAAGCCAUGGAUAGUCACAUCCCUUAGUUCUAUGGCCAUCAGUCGACCAACAAGUAUUCAGAAAGGUUGUAUACCUGAAAUCCUUAAAGGAAAAGAUUGCAUAGGUGGUAGUCGUACAGGCUCAGGCAAAACUGUAGCCUUUGCUGUUCCGAUUUUACAGAAAUGGGCGGAGGAUGUUUUCGGAACAUUUGCUUUGAUCUUAACUCCAACCAGAGAACUCGCACUCCAAAUUUUCGAGCAGUUCAAAGUACUUUCAUGUCCUCAGCAACUAAAAGCUGUACUAAUUACCGGCGGCUCUGACAUGCGAACACAAGCAACCAGCCUAAUGCAAAGACCACACAUAGUGAUCGCAACUCCUGGUCGCUUGGCAGAUCAUAUCCGGACAUCGGGUGAAGAUUCUACUUGUUCCUUACGACGGGUACGAGUUGUUGUACUAGACGAAGCAGAUAGACUGCUGGCAAGCGGAAAAUUUGGAAGCAUGUUACCAGAUGUUGAGGAAUGUCUAUCAAUUCUUCCUCCUCCAUCACAUCGCCAGACUCUUCUGUUCACUGCAACUAUCACACCGGAGGUUAGCGCGUUAAAAAAGCACCCUCGCGCGCCAGGUAAACCUGAGCUAUUUGUCUGCGAGGUUGACUCUCAAUCUUUAGCUAUUCCACCAAACCUAACGCAGAUGUACAUACUUGUUCCGGUCACUCAUCGGGAGCAUUAUUUACACUCUUUGCUCUUAACGGAUCAAAAUAUCACAAAAUCAAUUAUAAUUUUUUGUAAUAGAACAGCCACAGCUGAUUUUAUAACGCAUCUACUUCGACUUUUAGAACAUCGUGUCACUGCUCUUCAUUCAAAGUUGCCGCAGCGCCAAAGGAUUGAUAACCUUGCUCGCUUUCGAGCUUCUGCCGCAAGAAUUCUUGUUGCCACUGACGUCGCGGGUAGAGGACUUGACAUACCUGAGGUAGGGCUCGUCAUUAACUACGAUAUUCCGAGGGACCCUGAUGAUUAUAUCCAUCGAGUCGGACGUACCGCUAGAGCGGGAAGAAAGGGUGAUUCAAUCACAUUUGUGGGCCAAAGAGAUGUAAAUCUCGUCCAGGCGAUCGAAGCCCGAGUCGGAAGGCCACUAGAAAUUUGGACAGAAGAAGGAGUAAACCUCGAAACCCGAGUUGUACGCGAAUAUUUGAAGCAAGUCAGCGAAAAGAAGCGCGAAGCUCUGCUUGAAAUAGAAGAGGGAAGAGAGGUGGGAGGUAAGCGUAAAAGAGUCUUCAAAAAAGUACAGAACUAG